AUGUCGUCUGCAGAAGAUUCACUGGAAAGUUUACGCCAGCAAUUGCAGAAGUAUGAACAAAAGGAAACGGCAUGGGAAACCGAACGACUUCAGUUGCAGAAUAAGCUGGCCACUGCUGGCACUCAUUUAAAGUCCUUGGCCGUAAAACUCUACGCACAAGACAAACAGAAUAAAGAAUCCAAUAAUACCAUUCAAGACUUGAAUAAACAAAUCGACAGCAUACGAGCCGAAGCAAAUGCCACCAAUGAGCAAUGGCAGCAACGCAACAAAACCCAAGAGGAGCAAGUACGACAAAAGGAUACUCUAAUGUCGCAUUUACUUUCUUCCUUGCAUCCAUUCGUAUCCGAGGAACCAAUGUCCGAAGAACCUCCCGUUCAUGACGUGAACCAGCUCGAGAUUUACAUCAACCAUACCAUCACACGACUAACAGAGCGCCACAACCAAGACGCUUCCGCGAAGCAACAAGAUAAAACGACUAUUGAAGAGUUAAAAACACAAAUCGAUGAAUUGAUGAGCAAGAGUGUGGCGUCCGUCAAGAUUGGAGAUGAAGAUAAAAAAGGGACAGAUUCAGAUACAUCAUGGUGUGAACGCACCAUCACCAGCUUGAAUGAAAUCAUGCAGGAUGCAGAAAACGGUAGUACCGACAAUUCAUUACCAUCCGAUUUGUUACAGACUUUUGAAACGCUACGAACACAUCUACGAGACCAAGCAGACGCACUGGAAAAGACGAAAAAGGAAGAUGCAGUACUAAUUCAAGAUUUGAAACGACAAGUGACUCGACUACAGUUGGAUAUCAACAAAUUAUCGGAAGAGAAAGCGGAAUUGGAGAUGCAAAUGGAAGAAGUGGGUCAGGUCAAAGACCUGCAAGAACGUUUGGAAGAAGCCGAACGACAGAAAAAGGAGAGUGAGGAACGAGUGGUUUCGUUGCAAGCUGAACACCAGUCGUUGUUGAACAAAUUGGCUCAUAUCAAGGAAACACUCAUGCCUCGAUUGGAAGCCGAUAAACAGCUGCGACAUAAGGUCGAUGAAUUGACCGAGGAACUCAACAGCGUCCAACGGGCAUUGGAAGACACGCGCAAAGAAAUGGUGAUGCGGGACGAAGAAACCUCCCAACAACUUGCCCAAAGGGAGCGAGAUUUCACUCAACUGGAGAGGCACUACGUAAAAGCCCAGCAAGAACGAGACGAGUGGAAAAUGAUGGCCAUGCAGAUGGAGCCGCGGUGUUAUCAAGCUGAAGAGCAGUUGCAACAGACAGAAAAUGAACUGGAACGACUGAAAACACAACUGGCAGAGGAACGCCAGGAAACCGAAUCGGAAAGAACCAGCUUGGCAAACCUGCAAACCGUACUAGAAGAAUUUCAAGCGACAAAGGACGCUGAAAUCCGAGCCGCCGUAGAACAUAUCGAGCGCCAAUUAGACAUUGCUCGAAAGAACUGGACAGAAUACCAGGAAAAGGCUCGCGUAGCGGAAACUUCACUCGCUCAAUAUCAACAAGACGUUGCCAAAGCGCAGCAAUAUGAACGAGAAAUCAAAGAAAAGAAUCUGCUCAUUGGUAAAUUAAGACAUGAAGAGACAAUGGACCUGACAGCCAUCAUUCUUAACGAACAUCUGGUGGAAGCCAUGAGGCGACUGAAAGAGGAAACCAAUGACAGUAACGUCGACAGACAACUGAUCACGAAUCUGGUGGUUGGAUUUUUCCUUGCACCUCGCGGUGAUCGCAAACGUUUUGAUAUUCUUACCAUUAUUGCGAGUGUAUUGCAAAUGACCGAUGAACAAAAAGAACAGAUCGGAUUAAUUCGACCCAAAUCCGGUUCACGCCAUGGUUCAUCGCCAGGAUGGCAAAGUCCUCAGCAACAAGAAGAAGAAGAGCCGAAAGAGUCGUUUACCGAUGCAUGGAUUUCAUUUCUACUCAAAGAGUCCAGUACAUUUGUUCGCGGGCGAUCCACUUCUAAUCCAUCACUGACAAAAGGCACGCAUUCUCCAGCAGACGUUGAGCAUGAAAUUUAA